GCGUUGUUUCAAGCCGCGAGCGGGCAGAGAUCGCGGAGGCCCGGGCUUCACAUCAUCGACGGCACACGCACCGUCGCCGCCCGCCCCCUCACCUGGCUGUUUUUUUCACUCUUUACUCCCUCCGUGGCGUGCACUACCAGGAUCUUCGCUCGCUACCGCCACGAGCCCACCAGUUGAGUAGAAGUGUUCAGCGCCGUUGUGCGCCUACUGUGAAGGAUCGAGUUUCUUAACCAAAAGAAAACAACAACAAAAGAAAGCACGAACGUCGGACGUGACGAGGGUGUACGGACGUGGGUGCGACGACCGCACUCGUUCGGACCAUGUGUUGCCCCGACCCGAGAGUCUUGUGAUAGUUAGUUGACGAUCUCGGCCCCACUGUUCCGAUGCCGCCGUCUAUCCUCCUCUGUGCUCCGAGUUCCGAGUGACUCAAUUUUUCUUCGGCUUUGUCCCGAUCGACGACGGUGAUAAGAAGACCGAGGGAUUAUCGCAUUCGAGCAGCCCGUUGGCAGGUAGUGGGCGCCAAUGCCUCCGAGAAUCCGCUUCCAAGCCAUUCGUCGCUAUGGUUAAAUCUCCGAGCAACCUGACAGCUGUCAAGAGGCGGCGUUCGUGGCUCCACCCCGAUGCCCUCGGGCGGCGGAGGGAUCGCCGGCUCGAGCCGGUGCGGCGGCCCGGCGCGCGAGCGCCGACGCCGGCGACUACGUGGGGCGCCCUGACCCAGGCCGCCGGAAACUGCCGCCGCCGAACACAUGUGCACCUGCACUAGCCGCCGAGCACCGGCAACACUCCGGCGCAGGACGCCGGCUAGGAGGUUGCUGCGGGUCUGCGUGCUGCUCCUCCUCAAGAUGGCGGCCGAGCGGCACGGGGCUUUGGCCGCCGUGCCGCCCAGCGCCCAGCGGCAGACCGGCAGCAUCCCGGGAGACUUCAUCAUCGGCGCCCUCUUUCCCGUGCACCAGUCACCGGACGCCAAGAACGCGCAGACGCGCACCUGCGGAGAGGUCCGCGAGCACUACGGCAUCCAGCGCGUGGAAGCCUCUCUGCACACCAUCGACGACAUCAACCGCAGCGACACGCUGCUGCCCAACGUGACGCUGGGCAUCGAGAUCCGCGACUCGUGCUGGUAUUCGCCCACGGCUCUGGAGCAAAGCAUCGAGUUCAUCCGGGACGCCAUCAGCGCCCAGGAGACGAGCGGCGUCGGCGGGGGGAACGUCACCGAAUUGCCCGCCGUCUGUCCCAAGGGCCCAGCGAGACGAGUCAAAAACCUGGUGGGAGUCAUAGGGCCUGGGUCGUCGGCCGUCACCAUACAGGUGCAGAACCUGCUGCAGCUGUUCAACAUCCCGCAGAUCGGCUACUCGGCCACUUCGCGGCAGCUGAGCAACAAGCAAUUCUUCAAGUACUUCCUGCGCGUGGUGCCUUCCGACCAGUACCAGUCGCAGAUGAUGGUCGACACGCUGCUCAUGUACAACUGGACCUACAUCUCGACCGUCAACACGGAAGGCAAUUACGGCUACAACGGCAUCGACGAGUUCACCAGCCGUGCCAAGGACGCCGGCAUUUGCGUGGCCAACUCCCACGCCAUUCCAACGGACGCUGACGACGAGGACUACAACGCGGUGGUGCGCAGCAUCGACAAGUUCGGCACGGCCAAAGUGGUGGUCUGCUUCUGCGAAGGCUUCACCGUGCAGGCGCUCAUCAACGCCACCGCCAGGCUCAAAGUCGCCGGGAAAUACAUCUUCUUCGGCAGCGACGGCUGGUCCGAUCGCCAGGACGUGGUCAAGAACCAAGAGAAGGCGUCUGUGGGGAGCCUGUCUAUUCGCUUCCACGCCAACUACGACCACGACUUCGAUCGCUACUACUUCGGCCUCAACCCGUUCACCAACUUGCGGAACCCUUGGUUCAAGGAGUUCUGGGAAGUGCGAUUCAACUGCUCCCUGGGUGUCGGUCCGGGCUCGGCACGCUACAAUCGAACCUGCACCGGCAACGAAGACCUCAGGGAGGGCCACAAGCAGGACACCAAAGUGGAGUUUGUGAAAAAGUCCAUCUACACCAUGGCGUACGGCCUCCACAACAUGCAACGCGACCUCUGUCCCAACACGUCCGGCGUGUGCCCCGCCAUGGUGCCCGUCAACGGCUCCGUCUUCUUGCAGUACCUGAUGAACGCCACCUUCUCGUGGAACAACGAGACGGUGUUCUUUCACGAGAACGGAGACCCCCCGGGACGGUACGACCUGAUGAACUACCAACAACUGGAUGAGCACCACUACGACUACGUACAGGUUGGUUCGUGGGUCAACGGCGAGCUCACCAUGACCGGAGACGUGCAGUGGCACCGAGCACAACGCACGGCGCCACCCGUCUCCAUUUGCUCGCUGCCCUGCGAAAAGGGAAAAGUCAAGAGUAUUCACUCGGAAACGAUGAAGUGUUGCUGGAAUUGCGUGGCCUGCAAAGAGAACCAGUACGUCAGGGACGAAUACACCUGCCUGGACUGCGAGAGGGGCUGGUGGCCUAACGAGAACCUCACGGGUUGUGUGCGUAUUCCCGAGGAAUACAUCCACUGGACUGACAGCCAGUCGUUGGCGGCCAUGAGCAUAGCCGUCCUUGGCCUGAUGGCCACGCUGGCUGCCAUGAUCAUCUUCAUACGUCACAACGACACGCCCGUGGUGAAGAGCUCAACGCGCGAACUGUCCUACAUCAUACUGAUCGGCAUGUUCCUCUGCCACGGAACCACGUUCGCCCUGCUGGCCAAGCCCAGCGCACUCACUUGCUUCAUCACACGCGUGCUGCCCGGCCUCAGCUUCGCCAUGAUAUACGCGGCGCUCGUCACCAAGACCAACCGGAUCGCCAGGAUCCUGGCCGGCUCCAAGAAGAAGAUAAUCACCAAGAAGCCUCGCUUCAUGAGCGCCACCGCCCAGGUGGUCAUCACCUGGCUGCUCAUCUCAGUCGAGGGGGCCAUCAUCGGCGCCAUGGUGGUGCUCGAGCCGCCGGACUCCAUGUUCGACUACCCGGCGCUGGACCGCGUCAAGCUCAUCUGCAACACCACCACGCUGGGCAUCAUCGCGCCUCUGGGUUUCGACUUCUUUCUCAUCGCAAUGUGCACGGUGUACGCCGUGAAGACGCGCAACGUGCCGGAGAACUUCAACGAGGCCAAGUUCAUUGGCUUCACGAUGUACACGACUCUGGUGAUAUGGGCCGCGUUCGUGCCCAUCUACUUCGGCAGCAAGCACAAGGUGAUCACGCUCUGCCUCUGCAUCAGCUUCUCGGCCGAGGUGGCGCUGGUGCUGCUUUUCAUGCCGCGCGUCUACAUCAUCCUCUUCCGGCCGGACAAGAACAACCGCAGCGCCUUCACCACAGCCAAGGACGUGCGCUGCCACAUCGGGUACAUGAACUCGAACAUGGCCACGGCCACGGCGUCCGGUGCCUCGGCCGUCUCCAGGAACUCGUCGCACUCCACGUCCGAGUUCUCCAUGGAGUCUCCCAGGAACCACACCGCGGAGACAGUGAUCAAGCCGCCGCCGACACGCACCAAGAGCCUCAACUUGCUGGAACGUUUCCGGGCGAGCAAGCAGGACCGCAUCGCAGCCAGCGUAGCGCAGCAUAUCCGCGCCGUGCGAGCCGCCGAGGCGCUCGACCGGCGCACGCACCUGCGGCACUCGGUCGAGCCGCUGUUCGGCACCUCGACCAAGGUGCCUGCACAGCGCACUUCAUCCGAUUCACCCCCCGGCGCGCACGAGCGCCGGAGGCUGGUGCAGCAGCAGGUCGCGUACGGCGCCGCGUCGGCCUCGAAGCGCGAGGUCUCCUGCCAGACCACGGACGACCUGGUCGAAAUGUGGAUGCCCUGCCUUCGCAGGCGCAUCGCGCGCUCCGAGACGCUCAUGUCGACGUUGUCGCCCGACGACGAGGACGACGCGGCACCCGGUCUCCGACACCGGAAGCUCUGCCGCCACGUGCCCUCCGUCAGCGACGACGAGGUUCUGGACGUCGUGUUUCGCGGCGGUAGCUCGCAGCAGCACCACCACCAUCUACCGGGCGGUUCGGUCCGGUACGGCCGCAGUGUCUCCAGCAGCGGUGGCGCUUCGGCGGCGUUCAAGAGCGACGAGUCCCUGCUGGAAGGUGCGUCCUCGAUCGUCGAGGAGAGCGCUAGCAGCGGCAGUGAGGACGCCGCCGUCUACAAGAACAUAAUCAUCAGUCUCGGAAGCCCCGACGCGGUGCGCGUGCGUCAGACUCCGGCGUCUCCGGUGAUAACGCCACGCCGCGGCAGCAGCGGUGCCAGAAGCAUCAAUAACGGCGAAGACGCUACGGCCGCCGCGUCAACGUCUUCGUCCCCGUGGGCCGAAGUGUCGGCCCAACUACUGCUCAGGUCGUACAACGGCAAGUGCUCAAGGGACCGGCCAGCAGCCCAUGUACUGGGCCGGCCCAUCGUCAGGAUGCUCUGACCAAGAACGCUUCGGCAAGUGAAUAACCCUGCUCCACUUGGAUGCCCCGUACUGCUGUCGCUACCACCACCGUAGCCAUCUGAAGGCACCGAUGAGUGGUUUGCAGAGUGGAGAUUUGUUUCUUUUCUACUUCUGUCGACGUGACCCCGGGGCUUCUUGAUAUUCCUUCGAAACUUUUCUAUCUCACGAGGCCAACUUUCUAAAGUCGGAGACCUCCAUCCCGCAAUGUCUGCAGUUUCAGAGCAUGCACCAUCUGGCAAACGUGCGAAUCUGUACGGCAGCGGACGAUAAUAGGUGGCUCUGCUACCACUGCCCUUGU